CCGGUGCAACCGCCAACGCGUCGCGGAAAGCAUUCAUCCCCUAGGUAACCCCUCUCUGCUUUUUGAAUCCCACAUCCUUCGACUCUCGGGGGCCUGUCACCCGCACCGCCACCGCCGAGAUGGCGAAACCGUUCUCCGUCCCCCCGGUGGUCUUCCGGUCCUCCGCCGUCCAACGCCGCUCUCCCCCGCGUCCCGCUAACCCUGGUCUCCCCUUCAUGUCCUUCGACCUCGGACCCGCCCCGUCCUUCUCAUCCUUCUCCGCCCCCCUCCCUGGGUCCUUCGAGGACGAGCCGCCCCUCCUCGAAGAACUCGGCAUCGACACUCGCCAGAUCUGGCGCAAGACGUCCUCGAUCCUGAAUCCACUCCGCGUGGACGCUCAUCUCCACGACGACGCCGAUCUCUCCGGCCCCUUCUCCUUCCUGAUGCUCUUCGGUCUCUUCCAACUCCUCGCCGGGAAAUUACACUUGGGGGUCAUCUUGGGCUGGGUCACCGUCGCCACCCUGUUUCUUUACUCGGUCUUCAACCUGCUGGCCGGAAGGUCAGGGAACUUGGAUCUGCAUCGGUGCUUGAGCCUGGUUGGGUACUGUAUGCUACCGAUGGCGAUCUUUUCGGCGGCGUCGCUUUUUGUUCCGCGUGGUGGUGUGACGAUCCUUGCGAUGGCCGCGGUGUUCGUGCUGUGGUCGACGAGGGUGUGCACGGGGCUCCUGGUGGAGUCGGCAUCGUGUGCCGAUGAGCUCCGUGGGCUGGUAGCGUACGCCUGCUGUGUUGUUUACGCCGUCUUCUCUCUGCUUGUCAUCUUUUGAUUUCCGUCUUAUUUACAGAUUACGCUGCCAUCGUUAGGAGGAGCAGCACAACUUAAAAGACGAAAGAAUAAAUAUGAGUAGGAAAAUGAGGAGAUUCGCUGCUAAUUAAUUCUGGCGAUCGGAGGGGGGCUCGGCCUUUACGACAACGGAGACCGUAUCGUCGACGGCGCCCGGCGAUCGCAGCUUGUCGAUGUAACUCCUCACCUCUUCCGCGAUCAUCUGCCGCAUUAUCGACACCAAGCACAUGUCCCUCAGCCGUUCCACAUCUCCAAGCGGGCCGCCCGACCUUCUCUCCGUCCCCCCGCCGUCGCCCGGCAGACUCAGCGACAGCGACGUCGUGGGGUCAGCCGCCAACGAGCUGCAUCCGCCCCCGUUGGCGUCUUCGCUCGAGCGCUGCCGCUUCCUGGCCGAGCCCGAAUCCGAGUCCGGCUCGGUGGCGAUCGGAGAUGAGGAAGAGAGGGGGAGGGGCGAGGACGAGGGUGAUGGGGCAACGGGAGUCGCGCGGCGGUGGCGGCGGCGGCGGCGGAGGGUGGAGUUCCAGUGGUUCUUGAUAGCGUUGUCGGUGCGGCCGGGGAGGAGUCGGGCGAUGGUGGCCCACUUGUUGCCGUACCGGUCGUGAGCGGCGAGGAUGGUGGCGUCCUCGGCGGGGGUGAAGGGGCGGUGGUGGACGGAGGGGCUGAGCUGGUUGCACCACCUCAACCGGCACGAUUUCCCCGACCUCCCGGGGAUCCCCGCGCUGAUCAGCGACCAGUUCCGGGCCCCGUGCCGCUCCACCAGCCUCGUUAGCGCGGCGUCCUCCUCCGGGCUCCACGACCCCUUCACCCUCUGCUCCCCCUUGUCGCUCUCCUCCACCGUCACCAUCUCAUCCGACUGUUCUUCUUGUCCUCUUAAUCCUCUGCUUCUUCUUCUUAUACGGAGAGAGAGGACAGAGUCUAGGGAGUCGUAUAGGGAGAUUGACGGGGAAGGGACGGAGCUGGUGCGGUUCGUUGGAUUGGUUUGUUUGUUUGCGGUUUAGGUGGGGUUGGCUUUAUAAUCCGAAAAGUGGGAGGUUUCGUGUUCCAUUUCAA